UGGGGUCUUCCCUGAAUAGCAAUUUCCUUAUGAAACGGUGGGCAGAGAUGUCUAACUUUACAAAUCAAUGCUCUUCUCUCAGGCUUCACUAGUUGUAUGACUAUCAGAAGAAGAAAGGGGAAAGGCCACAAACAUCCUAAUUGCAAGAAUACUUGCCCUUAAGUAUUGUGACCCAAAGAGUCUGGUAAACGACAAUCGGUUGAUAAGAUUAGCCUGGUCAUUCUAACAGCGACAUUUCCCAACAGCAUUUGGACCCUGAGAAAAUCCCAGGUUUACCUCCAAGUAUAUUAAGAGAGGGUUAAAAGAGUGAGCCAGCCUCCUGCCUACUUCAUUCCUUUCCUAGACAAAAACAAAUGGGAAAGAAGGCAAUAGGAAAAAAAAAAUAAUAAAUUGCCCUAACCCACUUAACUCUCAAGUAUUUUAUGUUCAGCCAAUCCAUUUGUAGGUAGUGACAACUUAUUUCCCUAUACUUCUGCUUGUUUAUUCCAAUUUGAUUUCAUUUUUCAUUUUUCUCCAAAUUUCUUAAAUGCAUUUUCAGAAGUGGCAAUGAACAAUCUAAUAGGAAGGGCGCCAAGCACUCCCACCCCUGACUCCGGGCUGCUCUCCCCGUGGGCACCUCCUUGGAUGCAGACGGUCAUUAGAAGGGGUGGGCGAGGAGCGGACUCCCGGUUAGACGGCUCAGGGAAAAGCCUCAGGCGUCACCUACACAACAGAGGCGCCCCUACCUCGGGGUGGGUGCGGAUGACUCCUCGGGAGGGCUCUCCGCCUCCGGAUUCGGUUGACAGACCAGCAUUAUCCCUAGACUCUCCACGACCUAGGGCUGGACUUCCCUUCAGCUGGAUGUUCAUUCUUCCUUAGAUAUGCUAAUACCUUCCUUAGCUGCGGUCGGUCCAGUCCUGCCCCCCUGUGAAAUUGGGGGUUGGAAAUUUUUUUCGCUUUCUUUCCAGCUUUGGUGGUGGCGGCGUGGGCACUCUCACUGCUCCUGCUCCUUCUGGCUAGCCAGGUCAGGUGGGCAGAGAGUGGGAAGAGUCCAAGUGUCCUUUCCCGCCGUGCGUCUGCCCAGAGGGCUAGGUCCGGCGAGCAGGGCCCGGUCCAGGAUUGCGAGGCAGUGCUCUACCGCGGCCGGCGGGCCCCUGGCCCGGAGCCGAGCAGGGGCGUGUCCCCGCGCUCACCUGCCAUUGGCCGGGUGGGGCCGCGGGGCCGGAGGCAGCGGCCGCUCUGUAAGUGUGGAGCGGGUGGCCGCGGAGCUGGGCGCGGAGCAGGAUGGUGGACAGCGUGUACCGGACCCGCUCCCUCGGGGUGGCGGCCGAGGGGCUCCCGGACCAGUACGCAGACGGGGAGGCGGCGCGUGUCUGGCAGCUCUACAUCGGGGACACCCGCAGCCGCACCGCCGAGUACAAGGCCUGGCUGCUCGGGCUGCUGCGCCAACACGGCUGCCAUCGGGUGCUCGACGUGGCCUGUGGCACCGGCCCUGCCCCCCGCCACUGACUGCCCCUGCCUGCCUGUCAUCACUGGUCCUGUCCAGGGUGGACUCCAUCAUGCUGGUGGAGGAGGGCUUCAGCGUGACCAGCGUGGAUGCCAGUGACAAGAUGCUGAAGUAUGCGCUAAAAGAGCGCUGGAACCGGCGGCACGAGCCCAGCUUCGACAAGUGGGUCAUCGAAGAAGCCAACUGGAUGACUCUGGACAAAGAUGUGCCCCAGCCACCAGGGGGUGGCUUUGAUGCUGUCAUCUGCCUUGGAAACAGUUUUGCCCACUUGCCAGACUGCAUGGGGGACCAGAGUGAGCACCGGCUGGCGCUAAAAAACAUUGCGAGCAUGGUGCGGCCGGGGGGUCUGCUAGUCAUUGAUCAUCGCAACUACGAUCACAUCCUCAGCACAGGCUGUGCACCCCCAGGAAAGAACAUCUACUAUAAGAGUGACUUGACCAAGGACAUCACAACGUCAGUGUUGACUGUGAACAACAAAGCCCAUAUGGUGACUCUGGACUACACAAUGCAGGUGCCGGGGGCUGGCCAGGAUGGCUCUCCUGGCAUGAGUAAGUUCCGGCUCUCCUACUACCCGCACUGCCUGGAGUCCUUCACAGAGCUGCUCCGAGAAGCUUUCGGGGGCAAAUGCCACCACAGCGUCCUAGGUGACUUCAAGCCUUACAAACUAGGCCAGGCCUACACUCCCUGCUAUUUCAUCCAUGUGCUCAAGAGGACAGGCUGAGUGACCUGCCUCUGUAUAGGGAGGUGGGGACCAGCAGCCCCACAUCAAGUGUGGGGAGAGGCAGACUGCAGCUGGGGUGCAGGGAUUUGGGUUCAGGCAAAUGGAAAAGCAAACAAUAUAGUCUGUGCCUGUUACCGUU